AUGGCUUUCUCCCUCAUUGCUCGCCAAUCAAUUUCUUCCCUUUCGUUCGGCACAGCGGUGAAGGGCGCUGCUCUCUCUGCAAAUCGCGUAGCAGCAGCUCCCAUUGUCGCUUCCCGCGGACUCGCGGUGACUGCCCUUCUCGGCUUCAACAAGACCGCUGUCCCCGUUAAGUCCGCACCCGUUAAGAAGCAGCUGCGAACAGAGGAUGGCAUUUUCGGCACAUCCGGCGGCUUCGGCUUCACGAAAGCCAACGAGCUCUUCGUCGGCCGCGUGGCGAUGCUUGGGUUCGCAGCGUCGCUCCUCGGCGAAGCGCCGCUUCUCCUCUUCUUCAUCGCAUUCACCGUGCUCGGCGCGAUCGGCGGGCUGGGCGACCGCGGGCGAUUCGUCGACGACGAGGCGCCUGCUGGACCGCCGGUGAAGCCGGGGAGUUUCAAGGCCGCGCUUGGGCUGAGCGAUGACGGACCGCUGUUCGGAUUCACCAAGGCGAACGAGCUGUUCGUGGGGCGUAUGGCGCAAUUAGGGUUUGCGGCGAGCUUGAUCGGCGAGGCUAUCACAGGGAGAGGCGCUUUGGCGCAGCUGAAUAUUGAGACCGGGCUGCCGAUUUUUGAGUUGGAGCCGCUGCUGUUGGCGAGCAUCGCGUUCUUCUUUGUCGCGGCUAUUAAUCCCGGUACAGGGAAGUUCAUUAACGAUGAAGAGUAG